UCAGAUGAGCCCAAGACUUGGCGGUAACCAAUAGAGGGGCAAUCGUACUGAGAGUAAUGUUACAGCUUUGAGAGCUGAGAGAGGAGACUGCGUAUCGCCACUGCCUUCACAUACAGCCAUUGCAUCACACAGAACCAGUACGAGCCAGUGAUAACGGAAGAAGGAUGGGUAAAGAUCCAACAAAGCCCAGAGGCAAAAUGUCCUCGUAUGCCUACUUUGUCCAGACUUGCCGCGAGGAACAUAAGAAGAAACACCCUGAGGCGUCGGUCAAUUUCGCCGAGUUCUCCAAGAAGUGUUCUGAGCGAUGGAAGACGAUGUCAGCUAAAGAGAAGGGUAAGUUUGAAGAUAUGGCCAAACAAGACAAGGUCCGCUAUGAAAGAGAGAUGAAGAACUACAUUCCACCCAAAGGAGAGAAAAAGAGGAGGUUUAAAGAUCCCAAUGCCCCCAAAAGGCCUCCGUCUGCCUUUUUCAUUUUCUGUGCGGAGUUUCGACCCAAGGUCAAAGGAGAAACUCCUGGCCUGUCAAUUGGAGAUGUUGCUAAGAGGAUGGGAGAGAUGUGGAAUAAACAGACAGCUGAGGAUAAGGUGCCAUAUGAGAAGAAGGCAGCCAAGCUGAAGGAGAAGUAUGAGAAGGAUAUUGCAGCAUAUCGGCAAGGUAAGGGAGGUAAAGUAGGAGGAGCGUCGGCAAAAGCUCCAGCCAAAGUUGUUGAAAAAAAGGAAGAUAAUGAUGACGAUGAUGAUGACGACGACGACGAUGAUGAUGAUGAUGAUGAGGAAGACGAUGAUGAGUAGAACAGUUAAAUAUAUAGUUCAUAUAGAGUUCAGUCGUGUUUAUAAAGCAGUUAACCCCCUGUACACAUUUCACUUAUGACAAGAAAGUAAACAAAACAAAACAAAAAAAUAAGGCUGUGUAUAUGGUAUGUUUUUAAGCUGUACAGUUUCUUUUUUCCUUAUUGUAUAGUUAACACUACAAAAAGUGUCAUCUGUGUUUGUAUUUUUCCUCUUUUUUAUUUUUUUAGUGGUAGCUCCCAAGCCACUAUUCUUCCGUGGUACAGUUAAUGGGGAUUGUAUAAUUGGCUUAGUCAGUGGAGUUCCUAAUGGUGCACAGCACACAACCUAGUUUCAUGUGGGGUAUCAGUUUUUACCCUAAUGUUUUUGUGUUUUCUUUUUUAUAAUUAAAAAUUAUGUAUUAUCAUUAAAAAUGCUGUAUCAUAAAGUUCUUUUACUGUACUUUGAAUACCACUGUAAUUGCAACAGUAAGAAAAAUUGCAGCUGUGGUUGUUGACAUUGACAUGCUUUGACGUCAAUAAACUUUUUUUUUAAGAAGGAAA